AUGGAGAAGACCGCGUUCCGAGCGUCCCGGAAGGACACCCUCUUGACUCGACGAUAUAUUGAAGGUCUCAUUGCGGAGGGCAAACAUGUCAUAAUCUACCAAGACCGUGUCCUAAAGGUAGACCCAUUCAUUAAAUAUCACCCCGGAGGAGAGAAGCCAAUUAAGCACAUGGUGGGCAGGGAUGCGACGGAUGAGAUCAACGCUUUACACUCCGAAGAAGCCCGCCAGCGUAUGUCCUCAUACCAAAUCGGACGAAUUGAAGGACUAUGGAUCAACUUCCUACCCCCAAUCCAGGGCGGCAAGUUUCGCGCCUAUACCGAAGAGACGUGCUUGAGUGAUGAAGACUCCACGAACCAAGAGAGCUCUGUUCGUCAACGGAAAUCGACCGGAACCACUUUGACCGACCACCCCCAGGCCAAGCCUGCCUUCUUGGAUGCGAGAACACGAGAGGAAAUCAUCUUCGACACUGCGAAGUAUCCCUCGCUGGAUACUGCAAGUCAGCAAGAGAUCAAACGGAAAUAUCGCGAAUUGAACGAGCGUAUCAAGGCCGAGGGACUUUAUGACUGCAACUACUCCUGUUACUUCGUCGAAUGCUGUCGGUACACACUUUUUGCAGGUCUUUCCUACAUGUUCCUCCGCAUGGGGUGGUGGGCGACCUCUGCAUUCUUUCUUGGCUGUUUCUGGCAUCAGCUUGUUUUCACUGCCCAUGAUGCUGGCCAUAUGGGAAUCACACACAACUUUCAUGUGGAUACUGUCAUUGGAAUGCUCAUUGCAGACUAUCUCGGGGGCUUGAGCCUCGGGUGGUGGAAACGAAGCCACAACGUUCACCAUAUCGUGACCAAUGAGCCAGAGCAUGACCCGGAUAUCGAGCACAUACCAUUCUUCGCUAUCUCGCAUCGCUUCCUCACAAGCCUCCGGAGUACCUAUUACGAUCGAAUCAUGACCUUCGAUGCACCGGCUCGAUUUUUACUCAAAUUUCAGAAUUAUUCUUACUACCCUAUUAUGAUGCUCGCUCGGUUCAAUCUCUACGUCCUGAGUUGGGAGUAUCUGCUAAAGGGGCAAGCUCCUAAGAGGGGCCCCGCUUGGUGGCAUGUUUGGUUUGAGCUUGUCGGGCAGGUCUUUUCUGGACCUGGUUUGGCUACGACGAUCCCCGAUGCAAGCAGCCGUAUCAUCUUCCUUCUCGUCUCACACAUUGUCUCCUCUCCUCUGCAUGUUCAAAUCACAUUAUCUCACUUCGCUAUGUCGACUGCCGACCUAGGUGUUGGUGAGUCUUUCGCGCAAAAGAUGCUCCGUACUACUAUGGACGUCGACUGCCCUACAUGGCUAGAUUUCUUCCACGGUGGCUUGCAAUUCCAGGCCAUCCACCAUCUCUACCCGCGGAUCCCGCGUCACAACCUGCGUCGUACGCAGAAAUUUGUCAUAGAGUUCUGCCGUGAUACUGGUAUCCCCUAUGCCAUUUUCACAUUCUACGAUGGUAACAAGGAGGUUAUCAGCCACCUUGGUGAAGUCGCGAAACAAGUUCGCCUCAUGGAAGAAUGCCGCAAAUCCAUUUCCGAGGCCGGGGUCUUCUCGGAUCAUCACUGA